CUGGAGAAACUCAAUAGCAUGUCUGGUCACUUGGGUUACGGCUAACAAACCUGACUGCUGCCAACUAACUUUAGUUGGUUAUAGAGAUUGUUUGGUAACGGGUGUUGAACGCGUAACAUUAAAGUGCACCAUGUGGGCUUUAACAAAAUAAUUUUUUUAAUGCAAAUCAAAUGAAAAAACACCAAUCACACGGUUUCGGUUAUAUGAUUUCAAAAUCGAAAUAAAAUUACGAACAAAAAAUAAAAUACCUGACAAAGAAGUGCAGCAAAAUAAGAAACAUCGCAUUUAAACUUCCUCGUUAUCUAACAUCAGACGAAGGAGAAAUAAAAUAAAAACAACAACAAAAAUCAAAUUAAAUUAAUAGAAUUGUGUACAACAAAAAAACAAAGGGUUCACAAUAAAGUGGAAAUUCGUUGAAAAGAAAACAACAAUAGAAAAUCGUAUCGAGUGGCAAAACAAUUGAGAAAACCUUUAAAUCAAAUUUACGAAAAUGUUAACAAGUAAACGAAGAAAAUCUUCAGCUCUGCGGGCAGCAGCAGCAUCAUCUUCUAUUUCACAUCUAAUGGCUGCCUUAAUUUGUGGCUUAGUUUUUUUGAGUGCUGGCAUUCAAACCCAGGCAGCUCCGGCCGAAGGCAAUGCAUCGAUGGAUGAUGCAAAUACAAUGGCUAAUGUGAAUUCGUUUGUGGCUGCCACAACAACAAUGGCGAAUGAUGCAGCGGCUGAUGCUGGUGCUGCUGUUACCGAUCCAUCAUCGUUGGCUGCAAAAAAUUCAGAUGUUGGUGGCGACGUUACAGCAACAACCAUCAUGCCAAUGAUGGCUGGUGAAUUGCAAAAUAACAACAACCAUCAACACAGCCAUCAGGAAAACACUAACACCAGCUCUGACAGCAUCAGCGGCAGCAGCGUGCAUAUGUCUCAGAUGGAUGUUGAGGCUAAGGCGAUAGAAACAACAACAAUGGAUCUUUCAGCAAACAAUGCUAGUUCAAUGACUCCAUUCGAAAUAACAACCGAUUCGUCAGCAUCAUCCACAUCAACAUCAUCUUCAACAGCAACAGAAACAACAACACCAGCAUCAACACUGCCAUCUUCCACAACCAUGUCCGCUGUUCCUUUGGAUUUAUCGUCGUCGUCAUCAUCAUCAUCAUCAUCAUCAACAGCACUGCCACCAACAAUUACAACCACAACAUCCGUGGAUGCUUCAUCUAAAACUGAGUCAAAUUCUGAUUCAUCACCGAAAUCAUUUGAAACAACAAUGCCACCACAUAUGGCAAUGGAAACCACAAUGACAAUGCCACAGCACGAAGACUCAUCAUCUGCACAAGUCGUAGAUCAAACAUCGACCACCUCCGCUUCUUCUUCUGCUUCGACAACCACAACGGAAACAAAUCAUCCAAUUGAGACCACUAAUGAAGGAGAAACUUCAUUGCCAAUGACAACCAUUGAACCGAUUACAACGACGGAACCCACCACAACGCCCACAAUCGCAGCAGCGCACAAUGGCUUUAAUGAAAUCGAAAGCAAGGUUGAAAUGGCAACAGAGGAGAAGAAGAUGCCAUUGCCAGAAGUCAGCGACUCCAACCAGAUGGAAGAGGAACAGCAUCAUGGCCAUGAUCAUCAACACCAUCACCACCACCUCGAGACUGGAGUGGAUCACAUACAACACAUUGCCGUAGAUCACAAGACUGAACAAAUGAUGGAUGUGGUCACUGCCACCGAUGUGCCCAUGAUCACAACGCCCCACAGCCAGGAACAUUUCAAUCAAAUCUCCCAGGAACCCGACGAUGCCGAUGCCAAAGAUUUGAAUAAUAUACGACAUCCCGUUACAUUGAUCACUGCCAGCCAGAGUGAGGAGACAACGGACAAAGACAACGACAGUUCCAUGAAAUCCUUGGAAGACACUGAAGAUCCCUACCAUGCCCACAUUCUCUCCGAGAGUCAUGAUCGUUUGGCCGAACACGAAGAUUAUCAAAUGAUUUCCAGCACUGAAGAUGCCAUGGAUGUGUCAUCGGUGGCCACAGCCUCAACGGCAACCACUCAAUCGGCUGACAAAACCAAUGCAUUUGCAGACAUCCACACCGACGGAAUUGUUGUUAGUCAUGAGAAUGAAGCCACAGCCAAACCUGUGGCGGAACACAACGAAACAAACGAAGGCAGGGCCAGAGCCAUAAACUUAAGCUCUGAAGAUGGUAUGGCACCCACAAGCAUGGAUUCCACGACCAGUACCACACCUGCGGGACCAAUUAUUAGCAUAGUCGAAGGAUUGCAGCAUCACAUGCAUGAUCAUCAACCUGAACAUAGCCAUGAUCACGCUGCCCAUGAUCACAGUCAUCAUAUACACCAUGGCGAUGGCAGUGGCGACAAUUUGACCUCUACCACCACCGCCACCAGCAGCAGCGGCGACAGUGCCGAAAGAAACCAUGAAAUGCCAUCUGUCCAUUAUGUCUUCAAUGGCGAGGGUCGUUCCGUCGACUCCUCCAUAUCGGCCGAAGAUGAUUUGUCGCAUCUGAAUUAUCAUUACAACUUUGUCACCACCGAAAGGGUACACGACCCGCAAAGUGAGCAGAAAAAUGCCGCCAUCAAUGACUUGAGCAAUGUUAGCAUGGAGGACGACGACAAAAGCCAGGAAUACCAACAACACCAGCACCAACAUAAUGUCUUUGGCGUCUCUGAAAAUCGCCAGGAAGAUCACAUGAUGAUCACCACCACACCAACACCAGCCAGUACAUUGGAUUCCAUGGCCAGUACUACAACAACAACUGCUGCCCCCGACACCACCACCACUGCAACUCCCUUACUCGAUUCUACAUCGGAGUCGCAUAUGAAAAUAACAGAAAUAACUGCAGCCGGCGAUGUAAUGCAUCGUGAAUGUCUGGCAGAUGGUCAAAGUUAUAAGAAUGGCGAAAAUAUGGAACGUGGCUGUGAUGAACGUUGUACUUGUAAUCGUGGUGAAUGGAUUUGUUCACCUCGCUGCCAGGGCAAAACCUUUAAACGUGGCACAAUGGCAGCGGCGAUGGCAACGAUGAUGUCUGACGAAGAACAAUCAAAAUGCCGUGAAAUUGCUGUCGAAGAUGAUGAAUGUUGCAGCCGAAUGGAAUGUUCGACAAAUGAAGAUGCCUUCCUGCCCACACAAUCGUCCACAAUGCAUACGGAUGAUGAUGAUGAUGACGAGGCUAUGAAUGCAUCCAUACAUAAAACACGUCCCGACUGCUAUUUCAAUGGUGGUAUUUACAAAUUCCGUGAACGUCUGGAAAUUGGCUGUGAACAAAUUUGCCACUGCGACGAGGGAGGCAUUAUGAAUUGCAAGCCCCGCUGUCCGGAACGCAAUCACACCCGUCCCGACAAGUGUGUCUUCGUUAAAGAUCCCAAAGACGUGUGCUGCCAGUUGGAGUUCUGCGAUGUGACACUCGAUGAUCAUGAACAAAGGCCAUCACCACCGGCUACCCACAAUUCAAUAGGCGAUGAUAGUUAUGGCUUCCAAGAGGGACGCGACAUCAACGGUGCUGCUGGUCAAGGAUCUUGUGAAUAUAAGAAUCAGGUCUAUGCCGAGGGUAAACAAUUCCAUGAUGGUUGUGAACAAUUGUGUCUGUGUACUGCCCAGGGGGUGCAUUGUGCCAAAUUGCAGUGCCCCACCUCGUUUGGUUUGGACGUACUAAAUCCCCAUUGUUUACGCUGGGAACCGGAACCGGCCAACUUCCAACCCAUUGCACCUAACUGUUGUCCCGACAGCAUGCGUUGUGUGGACAAUGGCACCUGCGAGUAUCGCGGCGAAGAAUUUGAAAAUUGGUCUCAAAUACCCACCAAUCUAACUGGUUGUGACCAACAUUGUUAUUGUGAAAAUGGUAAGGUAGAAUGCCGUCCAGCUUGUCCCCCCGUUUUGGCGUUGCCGCCAGCCGACUUGCCUUGUCAUCCUGCUCAGGCCCGUUUAUUGCCCAUACCCGAUGAUGAAUGUUGCAAACAUUGGGCUUGUGCCCCCAUACCAAAUGCAUCCGAGAGACCCUAUAAUGGUGGCCAACAACACGAAGUGGAUGAGGAAGAGGAGGAAGCCUCGCAAGAACAUUUGGGACACAAUGAACACCCACCAAAAAUGGAAAAUGCCACCAAAAAGCAUGAGUCGGCCACUGGUGGUGUUGGCAAAGCCGAGGCAGAAAAGAAACCAACAGCAAAUGCCUUCUAUCCCACAUUGGAUGGUAAACCACCCAAGAGCGGUGCACCAUCACCACCAUUCGGUUUCGAUUAUAAGACGGAAAAGCAUGAGAAACAUGAUAAGCAUGACAAACAUGCCAAGAAGCCGCCAGUUCCAGUUAAACCUCAACAAAAUGAUGUCAAAUACGAUGUCCAUGAGCCACAAGAAGAUGAUAUUCCUGUGCAUCAACACCCCGGUCUGGGACCAGGUUAUGUUCCCGUCCAUCUGACACAUGGUGGUGUGGCCAUUUCGCCUUAUGACAGUGUUAAUUAUAAUCAAAAUCUGGCACCACAACAUCCAGGACCACAGGGACCCUAUGGACCUUUCUAUCACAAUGAAGCCUUCAAUCCCUAUGAACAGUACGAUUUGAAUCCCAACGGUAUACCCCAGGGCAAACCUCCAGCACCCACAAGUCAAUCGGACCUGUUUAAUAUCAUAGGAGCAGGAGUGCCAGGCGGUGGCAAGUUGGGUCAAUCGAAUUUACCACCCCAUGUUAGGAUCGAACACAUACUGCAACAUCUGCAGCAAAAUGUUAACCCAGCUGUACAAAAUGGAGCUGCACCCCAAGGACCCUUUGUGCAUGUCAACACCAGCGGUGCGGGAGGACAAGCACCCCAAUAUGUACCCAUAGUUCAUAGUGGCCUGCCACCUCCACCACCAGGUCAUGGCAUUGCCAUUGUAGAUGGCCAGCCCGUUUCAUACGGAGGUUAUCCCGUUAUACCUGGUGUGGGACCUGUACCCACUCAUCUCGGUCAUAAUGCCGGUCAUGCAUCCACCACAACUGCCAACGGUCUGCAGACACAAUCGUCGGAACACGGUGCUGUAACGAAGACCCAAAAAACAGGUUUCAACAAUUUACAACCCGACAUUGAAGUGCACACGUUGGAAGCCAUUGAUGCCCGCACGGUGCGCAUUGUCUUCACCGUUCCCCAAGUCUAUGUUAAUUUACAUGGCCGUGUGGAACUGCGUUAUACCAAUGGACCUGGCAACGAUACCUCCAAGUGGGAUCAGCAAAUAUUUGCGCCACCAGAAGAUUUAAUUGCCACCUCCCAAAUGGAAUUCGACUUGCCCAGCUUGGAACCAAACUCUUUGUAUAAAAUCAAAAUUACCUUAAUUUUAAGAGAUUUGAAUUCUCAGCCCACAAGUUCAAUUUACACUGUCAAAACGCCUGCCGAACGAACCAUUACACCACCUCCACCACCAUCCGAUUAUCGUCCCGACUUCCAAGACAUCUUUAAGACUGUGGAAGAUCCAGAAUUGAAUGUCAGCGAAACCAACUCGACUUGGUUGCAUUUGACGUGGAAGAAAUUGUCCGAUGACCACUUGGAUUAUGUUGAUGGCAUACAAUUGAGAUAUAAGGAAUUGACUGGCAUGAUUUACUCUUCCACGCCUUUGAUACAUCGUUCUCUUACCUCAUACACCAUUGAAAACUUGCAGCCCGACACUGGCUAUGAAAUUGGUCUUUACUACAUACCAUUGACUGGUCAUGGUGGUGAGAUGAGAGCUGGCCACAUGAUUAAAGUUCGUACUAGUCCAAAGGUUGAUGUGUUUGCUUUCGAUGUUACCGUUAAUGUCACCAAGAUUAAGGCUCAAAGCGUUGAAGUUACUUGGAGUGGUGUCCCAUAUCCCGAAGAUAAAUAUGUUAACAUUUACAGAGCUAUCUAUCAAAGCGAUUCGGGCAAGGAAGAUUCCAGUGUGUUCAAGGUAGCCAAGAGAGACAGUUCGACGGGUACAUUGAUUAUGGACUUGAAACCCGGUACCAAAUAUCGUCUAUGGUUGGAGAUGUACAUGACCAAUGGCAAGAUUAAGAAGAGUAACGUUGUUAACUUUAUCACCAAGCCUGGUGGUAAUGCUGCUCCGGGUAAAACUGGUAAACUAUUGCACGCUGGUGUUGAUCAGCCCGUGGGAGAUUACUAUGGACCAUUGGUCGUUGUUUCUGUUGUUGCAGCCUUAGCUAUUAUGUCGACAUUAGUCUUAUUGCUGAUACUGACAAGAAGGCGUGUCCAUCAAACCGCUUCCAUAACACCACCCCGCAAGAGUGAUGCCGCCUAUGAUAAUCCCUCGUACAAAGUUGAUAUACAACAGGAGACAAUGAAUCUGUAGCGGUUUUAAGCGAUAACUAAACGGGUUUCCUGGAAAUCCUUUGUCAUCGUAUUUUUUUCUUAUUUCUACUCAAACAAAAAUCAAAACAUGAAAUCCUAGUUGUGUCUUAGUAAAUAGGUUUGAAAAACAAAUUUUUAUGUAAAUAUUUAAAAAAAGAAAAACUAAGAAACGAAUUCCCAAAAUAUAUAUACACACAUAUACACUAUAUAAUAAUAAUUACAUAGCAAUAUUUUUUGUAAUUCGAAAUAAAUAAGAACAAAAAAUUGGUAAAACCAUUUCCAAAUCAGAGCAAUGAACGAAUAACUGAAUAAAUAGAAUACUAGCUGUAGUAAAGUGCCAGAGUGUAAUUAAAUAAUAAAUUGAAAAGAAAUAUGAAUAUAUUCUAAAUUGGCCGAACAAUGUGUACUGUAUGUUUUCUCUCCUAAAAAACGAAAAUUAAAGCCAUUAUUUAGGAAGGAGAAGAAGAAACAUAAACAACUUUUAAUAGUCUUAAGUAUAAAGUUCAUUUAGAGUUUCAUGUCUUUGUUUUUUCUUAUAAUUUGUUGUAUAUAAAUCACUAUUUAAUCUGUAUUAUUUUGUAUGUCUAUCAAUCUAUUUGUCUUCCCACAAAAAACGAAAUCAUGUAUUUAUUCCAAUCAUGGUAUAACUUUCCUUACUUUUUCUAUUUUAUUUUUAACCACAUGAAAGGCAUUGUAUAAUUUUUAGCUUUACUUUUGCUUAGUUUUACACGUGAAAACGAGAUAAUUAAAUCUAAGUUCGAAAUAAUAAUAAUAAUAAAAGACUCCAAAAAAUCACUAAA